UUCCUUUCCUUUUGCCCUUUUUUAAAAGAUUAUUUUUCAUUUCGUUUUACUGUUUUUUCUUGUAAUUUUUGAAAAGCGAGAAAAUUCUAUCUUUUUCCGCAAUAUAUAAGACAGAAUAUCGACAAUUUUAAAGCAACUCCGUAGUUUGCUGAGUUUCCAUUUGAAGAGCAAAAGAUUUCUUUGAAAUUGUAACAGAGAAGAGAGAGAUAUUCGAAUCUCCACGGCCAUCCAUAUCAGAUAAUUGGGAAGGUUGAAAUUAAUUGAGUAUCGACUAUGGCGUUGGGGAAGAAUAGCGGUUGUUUGAAAUCGAAACGCGUCGUCUCUUCUGCCGACAAGGGGCUCGAUUUCGAGAUUGUGAGAUAUACGCGAAGUUUGAGUAGGAAACGGAUUGUGGUUUCUUGCAAUGAGGAGGAUUCGCCUAUCGACUUGACACCAAAGGCACCGUCGAAGAGGCGGUGCAGCGUCAGUCCGAUGGUGGAUUCCGUUAGGUCUCUGCUCGAGGCUCUGCCUCAGGAGAUUCUGAUUAUGAUACUCUGCGGUGUAGACCACGAUGAUUUGAAACAGCUAGUCCGCGUUUCGAAGACAAUAAGUGAAGCGACUUUGAUUGCAAAAGAAUGGCACUUCGCUUACAGCACCCCCUCAAAGGUUCGUGCCUUCCGUACCGCCAUCGAUUUCAACAAUUCCAACGAUUUCGACGAGAUUGAAGCCCCAAAUGCUCCUCCCGGAAGACACUUCAGGGCACCAUUGAACAGAAAGAAGCUCGCGGAGAUUUCCGUGGCAUUAUUCGCAGAAGAAGACCAGUGGCCAAAGAAAAAAUUUCCCACGGAGACAGAGUAAUGAAUUCUCUAACCCAGACACGGGAGGGCUCUGUAAAUACAUCUUGUAUUUAGGUUGUCGUAGAAUACGCAGUGCGGCUAGGAAGAUAAAAGAAUGUGGUUAACUUGUUAUAGGGAUCUGCAUAUCCGAGAUCCUGCUCGAAAUCUGUACAUGUCAAGACAUUCACUGGCCGAUUCUUCAAACCGUUCAUUUGAAGAUGAAGAUGGGGGUGAGUUAGAACAUGCAUCUCUUCUUUUUUGUACAUGUAUUACAGAGACAGACUGAUGAUAGGUAAAAAUGUUCCAGGAAAUUCUUUUGAAAGGGGGGAAGCAUUGGUCCCUUUAUCCAAAUUCUGAUAAAUUUGACAGUACAUUGUACUAUUGCUUUCAUUCAUUCUCUGCCUAAUAAAAACGAAGCAUAUUUUCCUCGCAA